AUUAUAACAACUCGCGUGGAAGGUGGAAGUCGCGAUCUUUCGCCGCGAAAGGGCUGGAAACUUGAUGGUUCAUCGGACCAGUCCACGCAGUUUCGCAGUGUUUUGGCUUGUAUUUUUCGAGUGUGAUUUCUAGUUCUAGUUUACGCUGCCAAUUAGUAUUAUUAUCAAUAGUCAGGUGCCAAAUUUGUGGUUAUUUGAUAGUUUUUAGUCAGCAUGGAUCCGCAUUACAAGCGACGAACGGUGCACCGGAGUAUAUCGCUGCUGCUUAGAGAUAUCGAUCAAAUGUCCCUCCACGAAGAGGGAGGCGCAUCGAAUCCAGCACUGAAUUGCGACGACAACGGCACAUCCAGCACGGUCCGCAUGGAGGACGUCGAUCACACAAUCGACACCAGCCUGGCGUGCUACUCGCUGGCCGACGAGUAUGACGAAAACCUGGGCUUCUCCGACUCGAUCACCAUCGUAUCGAUGGGUGCCGAGGGCCCGGUGCUGGUGCAACGGAAGGAAAGCAGCGCCCACGAGAGCAUCGUACCGGAUACGGAAAUACCGUACCCGUACGUGCACAACCCACCGACCAAGUUCACCUCGAUGCACCGGAAUAUUUUCGUUCCGGGGCUGGAGAUCAACGUAGAGAUUAUAGAUUACGAGCGCAGCUUGACGGCACAUAUUUUAAAUCCUAAUUUAUACACAAUCAAAUUCACCCAUGGCCAGUUCACGUGGACGAUCAAGAAGCGUUACAACCAUUUCCGAAAUCUACACCAACAGUUGACCACGUUUCGAGCGUCGCUGAACAUUCCCUUUCCCACCAAAAGCCACAAAGAGCGACGAACAAGUUUUAGGAAUAUGCACAAUGUGCAUCAGUGCACUGCUUCGCCAACGAUGCAGAUGAAGUUGGAGAAACCGAACAAAAAGCGGAAGAAAAGUGCCUUACCAAGGUUUCCGCUGAAGCCGGACUCCCUGGUGUCGUUCGAUGCCAUCCCGGAGAGGAAACGACAGCUCGAGGAGUACCUGUAUAAUUUGCUCAAUAUUUCGCUGUAUCGGAAUCAUCAGGAUACGAUAAAUUUCCUGGAAGUCUCGCACAUCUCGUUCAUCGCCGCCCUCGGGGAGAAAGGCAAGGAAGGCUUGGUAAAGAAGCGAACCGGAUCAACCCGGGCAGGACAGGCGGGAUUUAACUGUUGUGGCUGCUUGACCGGCGGUUGCUGUGUGCGGUGCAGCUACUUCUGCUCGGACGUCGUGUGGAGCAAGUGGCGAAACAGGUGGUUCUUCGUCAAGGAAACCUGUUUCGGCUACUUCCGACCGAAAGAUGGCGUUCUACGAUGUGUGGUUCUGUUCGAUCAAGGGUUUGAUAUCUCCUCCGGGAUGUACAGUACGGGAAUGCGGAACGGGCUACAGAUCGUGACGAAUACGCGGUAUUUGGUGGUGAAGCACCCUACUCGGCGGACGGCAAAAGAGUGGAUGACCUACAUGAAGAGGGUGGCGAACGAUUCGGCGAGGGAUUUUACGAUGCCCAAUCCACAUCAGUCAUUUGCUCCGAUUCGACCGGGAAUGCAGGCGGCCUGGUUCGUAGAUGGCGCUAGCUAUAUGAGUGCCGUGGCAGAUGCCCUGGAGGGAGCAACGGAGGAAAUUUUCAUUACGGACUGGAUGCUGAGUCCGGAGAUUCACAUGAAGCGUCCGGCGAUCGAUGGCGACUAUUGGCGGUUGGAUAAAAUUCUGAAACGGAAGGCGGAACAAGGCAUCAAAAUCUUCGUGUUGUUGUUCAAAGAACUGGACUUCGCUCUCGGGAUCAACAGCUACUACAGCAAGCAGAAAUUGGUUGAGCAACAUGAGAACAUCAAAGUUCUGCGACAUCCGGAUCAUGCUCGAGCUGGUGUACUCUUCUGGGUGCAUCAUGAAAAGCUGGUAGUUGUUGAUCAGACGUAUGCCUUUGUUGGAGGCAUUGAUCUGUGCUACGGACGGUGGGAUGACUACAAACAUCGGUUAACCGAUCUCGGUAGUAUUUCCAGUAGUAACUGCAGUUCGGUGAACAACACAACUAUCCGCAAACCUUCCACAGUCGUUGAACUGGACGAAGGCGGCACGGUGGCCAAUUUGCUGAGAGCAUCGAAGAACAUUGCCGAAAUUACGGCACUGGAUCAGGUGGACAGGAAACUGCCCACCUUGGAACCUGGCGACAAGCUACUUAUGGCAGCAGCGCAGAAGCUCGCUUCCACUGCCACGAAGAACGAAAGCGAGGAAAUUCCGGAGAACAUCAAGAAGGAUACGCCGGAGAUGGAACGGAAGAAUAUAAUGGGCAAAAUCAAGGACAUGGGCAGAGAUCUGAAAAAUAGGAUUACACUGAACGAGCACGACCCGGAACACCGGAUCAAAAGCAGUCCGGGUAGCCCGGGGUAUCUUUCGGAUGACGAAAAGAGGCACAGCGGCUGUGAAAAAGUUUCCGAGAAGGAUGCCUCGUCUCCUGUGGGAGUGAUGAGCCCUCCGCCGUUCAAGAGCAAGGUGAUGUUCGAACUGGAUGGGCAAGCCAAAUUCUGGAUAGGGAAGGACUACAUCAACUUUAUUGUGAAGGAUUUCACCAAUCUGGACAUGCCUUAUGUGGAUCUUGUCGAUCGGUCAACAACUGUUCGAAUGCCUUGGCACGACGUUGCCACCGUAGUCUACGGUCAGGCAGCUCGGGACGUAGCCAGACACUUUAUAGAGCGCUGGAACGCUGUCAAACUGGAAAAGUGUCGUGAAAAUCUGCAAUACCCAUACCUGCUGCCGAAGAGCUACAACGACAUCCGGAUAGACAAUCAAUUCCUCAACAUCUCACUACAGCACGUAACCUGCCAGGUCUUGCGAAGUGCGUCCAGCUGGAACUGUGGCUUCAUUGAGCAAGACUACGUAGAGCAGAGCAUUCACGAAGCCUACCUUCAGACGAUUUCCAAGGCGCAGCACUACAUCUACAUAGAGAACCAGUUCUUCAUCAGCUUAGAGAUGACGAACCCGACGGUGAAGAACCAGAUUGCGGAGUACCUGUUCAAGAGGAUAAUGCGAGCUCACCGGGAGAAGAAGGCAUUCCGAGUGUACGUCGUGAUGCCCCUGUUGCCGGCUUUCGAAGGCGAAGUCGGCGGUGCUAGCGGAAUCUCUCUACGAGCUAUAACCCAUUGGAACUACACUUCCAUUUGCCGUGGUAAAAACUCUCUACUGUCGCGACUGUACGUCGCCGGAAUCAAGAACCCCUCCGAGUACAUAUCUUUCCACAGUCUGCGGACGCAUUCACUGUUAAACGGUGUCCCGGUGACGGAAUUGAUCUACGUCCAUUCCAAGUUGUUGAUUGCGGACGAUAAGGUCGUCAUAUGCGGCUCGGCGAACAUCAACGAUCGGUCGCUUCUGGGGAAGCGAGACUCCGAAGUUUGCGUUAUGAUUACGGACGAAAGUUUCGAGGAGGGUCGCAUGAACGGAGAAUCGUACCCCUGUGGAAUAUUUGCCGGCAAACUCCGUCGCUACCUAUUCAAAGAGCACCUCGGCCUCCUAGAGCCAAGCCCACACCGGUCCCCGGUGGACGUCACAGACCCAGUGAUCGACUCGUUCUGGAACGGAACGUGGCGGUGGACGUCGCGGAAGAACACUCGCCUCUUCGACGAAAUCUUCCGCUGCGUCCCGUCGGACAAUGUGCAAUCGUUUGUUAUGUUGAAGAAGUUUUUGGAAGAGAAGAGCCUAGCUCAGACCGAUCCGGAGGGUACGCAGAAGGCGCUGCACCGGAUCGAGGGCAAUCUGGUCGACUUGCCGUUGAAGUUCUUGUGCAGUGAGGUUCUAACGCCUCCGGGCACCAGCAAGGAAGGCAUUAUGCCGACUUAUAUGUGGACGUGAACAUGGUUCAAGAAGCUUUUAGGUAUGUAUUUCUUUUUACACUAGGAUAUAAAGUGUUGACCAAUGAUAAUAUUUAUUGUUGAAAUUAGUGGUUUUAUUUAUUUGUUGAAGGUCGUCUAGAUUUAACCCAUUCCAGAACUUUCAUAUACAAUAUUGUGUACAAUUUUAUUGGUAUCAAAGCUACCUUAAUGUCGAACGUUGACAAUAAAUUUACAAAUGAAAUUUGAA